AAUUGCAUGUUCUGUUACUAUAAAAUGAGGCCAAAAUGUGUCAACUUGUUUCUCACAGAAACCCAAAAUCCACACGAGGCUCUUUUUUCCUGUACCCUUUCACUUUGCAUGUUCCCUAUUCUCAAUGAAUGUCCUCUUCUUUCUGUAAACUAUUGUACUCUUCAUUUUGCCUGAUCUUGCACCCAAGCAUGGCAGGCAGAGAAUCCUAGAGGCCCAAGAUUCUACAGUGACUGUUUGCAAGGAGGGAAGAGGCUAUGGUAACUGCCACACUGGAUACACUUAUGUGAGAAUGAGAAAGGGAAAGUACCCUGAAUGCCCGGAAUGCCUCUCACGUAUAAAACAGCUGGAUGGGAUUGCAGGAUGCCUGUGUGGCCCAGAGAUGGAGGGAGCAAAUUAUGGGCAAAAGAAUUGCAACCAAAUGCUGGAAAAGGAAAGAUUUGCAAUCAUCUGUGUCUUCUCUGGUAUUUGCUUCUAACGGGCAGAAUUCAUUCUGCAAAGCAUCAGGCACUGAACAAAAGACUCCUGCUGCUGGAGGUUGACAGGAAGUAACAUCCAUGAGUGUAAGAAUGCAAGAUCAAGACCCCUCCCACAAACAAUGCCUAUGAUGAAGGAGAGGAGAAGAGAGAUCUAAAUUCAACCUUGCCCAGCACAGCCCAGUCCAAGGAAGGUAGGAUUCAAGGAGACGAGCCUUGCACCACAUUGUUCUCCACAAACUUCACUGAAGCACUGAACAAACUUCACCCUACUCUUUAACCAAGUUACAAAAAGAAUUCCUUAAUUCCUUCUUUUGCUCCUUAAAAGCUGCAGUAAGUUUACUAAUCAGAUCCACUAAUAUUAUUUCAGAGCCCCUUUAAUUGUUCAACCUAGAUGUGCCUUUCCUUUCUAAGGAUGUUAGUUAACUGGAUAUAUAAUUGUAAAUGUAGAAUACAGAUGAUAAAAUAUAAUACAUAGACUAUGAAUAACUAUUAGUUCAUUAUAUUAAUGAACACCUCUAAGAAACAUUGAGAUGAUUUCCCUAAGAUAAGAAUGUGAGAGAAAGUGAGACUAUCACAUCUGUCUUAUAGGAUUAGGUACCACUUAGGUGUUGUUUUAGUUCUCCUGCCACUCCUUCCACCAAUCCCGUCUUCUUGUUGGGAAUCUGACCUCCCUAUUGGCUACCUCGUACCUUUAAACUGCCUGCUUUGUGACAUCAUUCUCCCACCAAACCCCCACCACCUGGUGGAAUCUUGGGGUUUCCAUGGAGUCACCUGUAAAUAAAUUUGGAUCAUCGCAAGUGACCAGUGACCAGUGACCGGUGACCUUCGUACUGGACACAUGCACUCUUCGGCUUCAGCCACUCAGACAUCCUCCAGUAUCGUCUCCUCAUCCCUUGUAUCCGGAGUUGAUGUUUCCUCUUCUCUGACCAUGUCUGAAAAUUUCCAAAAUCCAUCUUUACUUGGAACUCCAAACUCUCUGCAGCUCUCUCUCCCUGUGGUGAGCAAUGCAGCUUCCCUAGCGGGAAGUGUCUACAGCUUCUCCAGAGUCUCUGCUCCAGCAGUCAGUUCGGCAUGGCUACUGCCAUCAGCUUCUGGCACUUCUUUCCAGCCACUCAUGGGUAGUGCCUACCUUUACCAACAUUCCAGUCCAACUAUGUUGUCUGGAGUUACUGCCCAGAACCAGAUCUCCACUUCAGCUGCUUCCUAUCCAGGUAUUUUUGAGUGGGAUAGCACAGGGAGCACUGAAAAGAAGUCAUCUUCACUUGGAGACUUCACUGUGACUGUCACUGACCAGGACACGGCUGUUUCUUCCAUAUCUAUGGCAGCCCAGUAUGAUAAAACUUCAGAGGCCAAUAACAUGGUCCCUCUGUAUCCAUCACUUUCUGCCAGCCUUGUUCAGGGAACACCAUCUCAGAUUCCAAAUCAGGGACACAGCCUAUCACUUCCCUACCAGGAAGGAAGCCAGGUAUAUUACUAUAAUCAAGGCACACUGGGACCUCUACUGUCUGGAGAACUUGGUCCCUACCUGCAGUCCUAUGGCUCUGUGUCAUACAUGGGAAGUAAGGCCUCUGCCCCCCAACCAGAAAUGGUCAUGGUACUAAAGGAGGUUCAGCCCACAAAUGUCCCACCACCAGCCUCCACCUCUGGAAUCUACUACUCUGUAUCUGCUCAACCCAUCACAGAAACAAGUUUUCAAGUGAUGGAGACUUCCCUGGGGAUGGAGACUUCCCUGGGAUUGCAAUCUCCAAGUCAGACAUUUUGUCUGCCACAAACUCCAGAAUUCCCCAAGUCCUGCAGUAGCAGAAAUAUCCAGGUACUUGAAAGCAACCCACCUCCUGAGCUUGGAGACAUCUCAGUGAUAGCUCCUGUCCAGAGUUCCAGUAAUCUGCUGGCACUGCCUCCAGCUCCAAGCCAGGAACAAACUGAGAAUAAGAAUUUGAGUGAUACUAAAACCAAGCUUUCAAAGCCUCUGGAUGCCUACCAGAUCCCAUUAGAAAAUCAAGAUCCUCCACUACUUCCUUUAGAAAUUCCUGAUAUUCACCAGCUCCUGGCCUGCAUUGAUCCCCUUGGCCAAGAGGAGCAGUCUGGUUCUGAAAACACUGAUCUGGGAAAAAAUGGCAUGAGUCUUGAGGACCAAGGGACCCUUGAAAAUGGGAUUGAAUCUAGUGGUGGUUUCGCAGACAUCACUACUCUAGUGGAGGAUAUUCAUCUUCCCCAGCUCUUUAAUUCCUUGAACGACCUUGAUCAAUCCAAAGGUCCCAAGGUGAUCAAUGCCAAAGAUACCAGAAUCAUCAAGUUGAAUGAAGUGCAAGAAAAGUCAAGUGUCAUAAAGUUGUCCUCUGAUCAAGCCAGGAAGAAUAAACACAAAGCUGCUGAGACUAUCAAUGGUGUUCCCGAGACCAAAAUCCAGCCAAAGGACCCAGGAUGUCUGUUAGGGGAAGAAGUGGUUAUUUGUAAUGCUGGAGAUAGUGACAGGGCUCAUGUGAAUGCAGCCAAGCAUUCCAACAGCAAAUCUCAGAAAGCUGCAUCCAGCAGGAUCAGCAAAACUAAGAGCCAUGGGCAGGAAAAGACCAAAAGGGGCAGAGAAAACAACCCCAAGAAAGCUGAAGAGAGUAAGCAGUCAGGGAACACAGUCAAGGCAGAAGAGAAGCCAACCAUUCCCAAGAUGAAGCGGAGGAGAAAUCAACCUGAGCUUAGCCAAGAGACCUUUAAAAAGCCUCGAAGCUGCCUAGGUAUGCACAUGUUGGAGUCCGUACAGAUUUUUCACGCGCUGGGGAAAAAGAGUGAUAAGAAAAUCAGACUCUCUUCCUCCUGGGCCCUGGGAAACUCCAGCAACCCUAAAGUUGCCCAGCCAUCCCCAGUUAUCAAACGAUGGCUGGACACCCCACGUGAGGGUAAAGGUCCUGAAAAAAAUAAAGUCCAGAAACAAGACAGUGGUGCUGACACAGAGUGUCCAUCUCCAUCCCAGUAUGAGCUGCCACCUCCUGGGAAGGUCAAGUUGGUGCCUUUGCCUUUUCCAACCUUGGAGAAGCCUCAAGCUCGACCUGUUCUUCGGAGGCCACACUCUCUGGCCUCACGUCGGUCUGCUAUGGCUUACCCUGCCCGGCCAGGGUCCACUAGCUCAGCUCAACCUAUUACAGUCAAUUCAUCCCGGCCAACCCCUGUCUCCUUGACAGGUCCUGCCAGGCCAGCUCGGCCAGUUUCAACCAAUCCAACCCGACCAGGUUUGACCAACCCUACCCGGCCUAGUGUCCCUCACUCUGCUGCAUCCAGACCUGCACCCUACAAAACGUCAUCCUGCACCUCUCUCCAGCAGGAACCCAUUCCUACUGCUGUGACCAAACUCCAGUCCCCACCCAAACCUCACAAUCAAUUUCUACUCCAAGACUUCUGCUUUCAACCUAUUCCAUGGAGAAAACCCAAUGUUCCUGAGCCAGUAAUGUCGAAGCCCAUCACAAAAGAACAGAGGCCAGAGCGAGAGGCCAUGAAGCGGCAGGCUCAACAAGAGCGUGAGAAUGCAGCCAAAUACACCUCUUUGGGGAAAGUGCAGUUUUUCAUUGAGAGGGAAAAAGAUAUGGAAAUUGCUCGAUACUAUGGCUAUGCAAUAUAAGAGCUGCUACGUUUGUUGGUACCACUCUGGGUACCAGCCAUUUGUCCAUACAUAGAUAGAUAGAUAUAAAUUUCUCUAUUUAUUCAGAUGUAUUUUAAAACUUAAUAAA